AUGUUGGAAUCAAUCAAUCCUGCAUCAUCCUAUUACUCAAAAAGAAUAGAACAUUUGAAUGUUUCUAUAGAUUCAAAAAAGUUGGAUAUACGUAGAUUACACGCACAGAGAAAUGAGCUAAAUUCUAAAGUUCGGGAGCUAAAGGAGGAGUUACAGUAUUUAUUGGAAUCUAAUAGUUAUGUUGGAGAAGUUAUAAAGGUAAUGGGGAGGAACAAAGUAUUGGUAAAGCUGAACCCAGAAGGAAAGUUUUUGGUUGAUGUUUCUAAGAAUAUAGAUAUUUCAAAGUGUACUACAAAUACAAGAGUUGCAUUAUUGAGCGAUUCUUUUAAGCUUCACCGUAUAUUUCCUAACAAAGUGGAUCCCUUGGUCUCUUUGAUGAAGGUCGAAAAGGUUCCAGAUAGUACAUAUGAUAUGGUUGGAGGUCUUGAUGAACAGAUUAAGGAAAUCAAGGAAGUGAUUGAGCUUCCAAUCAAGCAUCCUGAGAUAUUUGAAAGUUUGGGAAUUGCUCAGCCAAAAGGGGUUUUACUUUAUGGACCCCCUGGUACUGGUAAAACUUUAUUAGCAAGAGCUGUUGCUCAUCAUACAGAUUGUACUUUUAUUAGGGUAUCAGGUUCUGAGCUUGUUCAAAAAUAUAUUGGAGAAGGAAGUAGAAUGGUUAGGGAAUUGUUUGUUAUGGCUAGAGAGCAUGCUCCAUCUCUAAUUUUUAUGGACGAAAUUGACUCAAUAGGAUCUCAAAGGACAGAAGGGGAGAGUGGAGACAGUGAAGUACAGAGAACUAUGCUUGAGCUUUUGAACCAAUUGGAUGGUUUUGAAUCAACUCAGAACAUUAAGAUUAUUAUGGCAACCAAUAGAAUUGACAUAUUAGAUGAUGCCCUUCUUAGGCCUGGCCGUAUUGACAGAAAGAUUGAGUUUCCAAAUCCAAACGAGGAUGCUAGAUUGGAAAUUCUUAAGAUUCACAGCAGAAAGAUGAACUUGGUCAGAGGGAUAGAUUUAAGAAAAAUUGCUCAGCAGAUGCAGGGAGCAUCCGGAGCUGAAUCUAAGGCUGUCUGUACUGAGGCUGGUAUGUUUGCCUUGAGAGAGAGAAGAAAACAUGUUACUCAAGAAGACUUUGAGAUGGCGGUUUCAAGGGUUAUGAAAAAAGACAGUGAUUGGAAUAUGAGUCUAAAGAAGCUUUGGAAGUAG